AUGAAUAUGUAUGGAUAAAAGCUUAAUAACUCGAGUAAAUAAGAGAGUCCAAGUAGUAGCUUUCAUAGUUCAGAUUUUAUUAGAUUAGUUUAGGAUAAUAUUUUAGAAGAUAAAGAAGUAGAAGAAGUAAAAAUAUUAACUUAUAACCUCUUUAUGAGACCACCUUUUGUUAAAAAUAAUGAAGAUGAUUAUAAAAAUGAAAGAUGCAAGCUUAUUAUUAAAAAUGAAAUUCAAAAAUUUGAUAUAAUUUGCUUUCAGGAGCUCUUUAGAUUGUUUUCUAAUCGCAGACAUAAAAUGGUCUAUUCUGCUAUUAAAAAGGGAUUUUUAUAUCAUGUAAGUUCACCUUAGCCUAGCUUUUUUAAAAGUUAUUUUGUUGACGCAGGGCUUACUAUUUUAAGUAAAUAUCCUAUUGUUGAGUCAUGCUUUAGACCUUUUAGAUAUGGUAUAUUAGCUGACGGACUUUGCUAAAAAGGAGUGUUGUAUGCAAAAAUUAGAGUAAAUGAAAGGCAUAUACAUGUUUUAAAUACUCACACACAAGCAAGCUACAAUACAAAUGAAAAAGAAAUUAAAUAAACAGUUAUAGCUCGGUUAGAUUAGUUUGUGGAGAUGAGAAAAAUACUUGAAGAUUGCUUGAAGUAAUAUGGAUUUGAUAGAGGAGAUAUUUGCAUAUUUGCUGGAGAUUUUAAUGUUGAUUCUAAUCACCCUAUACAUCCUAUUAGAUUCUUAAAUAAGCAGUAGGAUUUAAAGGAAAUACUUGGCAUAAAUGAUACGUAAUAGCAUUUUGAUGAGUAUAAAGGGCUAAUUGAUAUAUUAUCUUGUAAAGGGAAAGACAUAGUUUAUGAUGUUGGAAGAACUUCUAAUAGUGGUAAUCCUCCAAUUACAUUUGCAGAUGUUUAUCAAGAUUAAAAUGGUGAAAUCUAACCUUUAGAAACGGCAUUAACUCAUUAAUGCGAUUUGAAAAGUUUAUAAUCUUUAGACUAUAUUAUGCACAUAAUACCUAACGGAUUAUUAGCAGAUUUCCAAAAUAAAUUAAGCUUUUCAAAUAACUAAUAAAGAAGUAAAUUUGAUAGUAAUUUAAAUCAAACUUUUAAAGGUGGGUAUUCUUACUAACUUAGUAAUAACAAACUGAUGCAAAAUUAAUCUAAAAAACUAUCAGAUAAAAAUUUUGUUGUGGACUUUUCUCGUUCUAAAGUAGAAAAAUUUUUUGUAUAAGGCCAAAAAUUCACAUAACUAUCAGAUCAUUAUGGAGUAUCGUGUGUAUUAAAAUUCAAGUGA